UCUCACACACUCCUCCGACACGCCGAACCUCUUUUCUCACGAUGACUGCAGGACUGUGUGUGUGUGUCCUGCUGGCGGUCCUGUGUACGAGCUGUGUGGGGCUCCCCCUCUCCUCCCAGCCCCUGGGUGAGGGCCAGCGCUCCAUCUCCGCGGCCUCUGAAGCCCUCCUGGAGGCUGGCACCCACACUCUGGGAGAGCCCCACCUCAGACAAAGCCGCUCGGCGCCCCAGCUGAAAGCUCUCCCUGUGGCCGAGGAGGAUGGAGACUCCCGAGCCAACCUCAGUGAGCUGCUGGCAAGACUCAUCUCCUCCAGGAAAGGUUCUGUGCGCAGAAACUCCUCGGCGAACAGCAGAGGGAGCGCCAACCAUCGGAUAGCAGACAGGGACUACUUGGGUUGGAUGGAUUUCGGCCGCCGCAGCGCAGAGGAGUACGAGUACUCCUCGUAAGAAGAAGGGAAGUGGCAGCUCAUACCCCCUCUGUACUGGCAAACAAGAAAAAGGGGGGAACCCCCCCCCCCCAUGCAAGCUGGCUCCUCACUGUCUCACGAUAAGAGUCUAUUUAUGAUGUAUUUGUUGUACAUUUGUUUGUAAAACUGUAAUAAUGCAAUAUACAUAUGCCAAAUUUUGCAGAAAAGCUCUCAGUGUCCACGGUUUGUUUGUUUCUGGUUUCUUUAUCAUUUUUUGGGGUGGAAAGGACUGGGACGUGUGACAGGGUGUGUUGAGACUAAAGAAUAAAGACUGGAAAUAUCA